UGCUGGAAUGUGGAUGAAAAGGAGGGCUGGUGUGUCAGAGGCCUCACCUGCUGGGAGUGUAUGAACAGGGAGGCACAAUGAAAGGAGAGUAGGCGGGGUUACCUCCAUUUUCUCAGCCUGUCUUUUCCCUAAACCACUGGAAUCAGGUUUUCUUGGAGCCGGUGUUGCACCUGUCGUCAAAAGUCCUGGAGAGGCACUCACCUGUUUGGGUCGGAUUUACCUGUGUUGGAUCAGAAUGCGUCAGUAACUCCUGUCCCUGUCUACUUAUUCAGCUCACAAAUACCCAUAAUGAAGAGGGGAACGUUGAAUUUUCUGGGUCGAAAGAACCAGUCUCUGUUUGACACCAAUGUGAAAAUGAAGGAGAUGGACAACGUGGAGCUGGUGCUGGAGUCGUCGGCGAUCCCGGAAUCAGGGACCGCCAGUGUCCGGGCCAGACCGACUGUUAAACAUCAUGCUUCCACCUCUGACAGUUUUCAAGGGUUUGCUGUCCCAACACCCAAAGUCCCCGUUCUCCCCUCGAUGAACGGUCCAAAGAUCAACAGUUCAGCUGUUGGAGAGCAGUUGUCAAAUGGAUCAGUUAUGUCCGUCACUGACCCUGUGGAGGGGGAGAUUUUUGUUCCUCCACCUCCAUCCAUUGCACCACCGCCGCCUCCAGAGGUAUUUAUCCCUCCUCCCCCAGACUUCAUGGGUGACCUCAACAGUCUGGACCUGGCAGCCCUUCAACCUCCUCCACUGCCUGCUCCUAAACAACCUGCUGCAACGUUCACUUCCCUAAAAGAGGAGGAUUUUACCUUCUUACAGCCUCCACCAAUGGCUCCACCAAAGCCUCCAUCCACUUGCUCUAGUGGCUCUGCAUCUUCCUUAUCCACCUCUAGCCCUCCACCAGCCAAUGUCCCUGACCAUCCAAAAUUUGCCCCACCACAGCCUCCAACUGAGAGGCAGCAAAAGACUUUUAAGACGCCACCUCCGAAGCCUAUUAGACUGUCCUCUAUCUCCAACCAUGACUCCCCCCCACAUACUCCUGCCCCUCCCCCCCCUGUCCAGACCUCCACACCAUCCACCUUCAAUCCCCAAAACACAGCAAAACUCUACAAUAUUCCUAAACCCUCGAUUCUGAGGGGCUACGAGGACCGAGACCCAAGACCCAAGCCGAUCUUAGUCCUGGAAGAUUCUGGAUCAGUCAACUCUGUCCCAGUGCAGGUCCAAGUGGAUGGGACAAGCCCUAAGGUAGCACCAGCACCUAAACCAGUUCCCAAAGAUGUCCAGGAUCUUAAGCAGAACGUACAAGUUCCCCAGCCGUCUCAGCCACCCCCACCUGAGCCAAACGAGGAGCUGAAAUCAGUGAUAGUUCCACAAAAAGAAGUAGAAAAACCUCCCCCGGUUUCAAGUCCAGUGAUACCCCAACUUCAGAAAGUAAAUGGCAUUCAGGAUAAUAAAGCAGAAAUCCAGAGCAAACCUGAACAAUCUCCAAUUCAUGUAGGUAAAUUCAGCCCAAUAAUAGAUCAAAAACUACGCAACCUCAAGAGCAGUGAAACUAACGGAGUACGCGAUGGACCUGCUGCUUCACCUCUAGCUCUUUUAAUGGCAGCAAAGGAGCGAGAAAAACACAGACCAUCUCUGUCACAUGAAAACCAUGGGAAGAAAAAAGAGCAGUUGAGCAUUCAGCAGAGUGACUCGAGCCCCAAUUCAUUUGUUGUCAUCCCAAAGUCUGCUUCAUCUCCUUCUCUAGGCUCUCAGGAAGGACAACAAGAAGGUCCAAAGUCCGUUGGCCCUGUAGAGGUGAAAACUGCACCAAAACAAUUACAGAGCACCACAUUGGUUAAGGAUCAAGUGCUGCCCACAAGUCCGUCUCCCAGUAAGAUGGAAACAGUUACAUCACCAAGUGCAAACAACCUUGAAGACCAGAAACAACACGCAGAGUCUCAAUCUGCCCCAUCUGACAAUACUAAAGAGGAGUUAAACAUCCCACUACUCCCUCCUCCACCAGAGUUUGAUGAUUUUGAUGAAAUCAUCGAACCCCCGCCUGCCAUCCCUCCCCCUGAUCCUCCUGUAAAAAAGGCACCAGCUGUAACUCCUCCCCCUCCUCCUCCUCCUCCUCCUCCACUUCAAAGUCUGUCUACUCCGCCAAAGCCCACACCUCCAUCUAUCCCCAAACUCCCACCUCCUAUUACUGAGGUCAAACCAAAGCCCCAAGUCCAGACCAAACCCAAGAUGGCUCUUACUCCUCUUCCAACACCUACAUCACCGAACCAGGCCACCCUGCUGAGCAUUUUACAAAAGAAAAUGUUAGAAAUGGACCAGAAAAUAAACCCUGUAAAUGACACAGAGUCCAAUUCUGAUGACUGGGGCAGCCCUUUGUCUGAUGAGGACAACAAAGUGACUGUUGUCCCCAGAGUCACGCCACAGAAAAAGAAUUACCCUGUGGUCAACAAAACAGCCACUCUGGACAUGCGGGAGUUAGAGGGUAAAGUGGCCAAGAAAUAUCAGGAGGGAUCCGCAACAAAAGUUUCCACCAGCAAUGGACCACAGUCCAAUCGUCAGUAUGGCAUGUCUUUUACUGUUCGACCUGGAACCAAACAGCCUAUUACUAUUAUUCAUAAAGGGGAGUCUUCGUGAGAUAUAUGAAUAGCUUGUGAUUGUGAGAUAUGAUUUUUGGAUCAAGACUUUGUACAAAAAAAAGCACUUUGAACAAAUGAGUUGCACCAAUGCAGUUGGCAUAUAUACUAUAUAACAAUGGUCUGCUUGUUUAAACAUACCCUGAAUGUCUUCCUCAACUUCCGGAGAAAACAUUGUCAUUGUAAAAUAUUUUCAGUUCUGUUUUUGCAUUUUAUUCUGAACUCUGUUGAAUGGAUGAGGCAUUUUUUUUUUUUGGCUGCUGCUGUUCAUUCUGUGUAGAAGUAUGCGCUGCCUCUUCAACCACAACUUUUUAUCAGUGUCAGAAUCAGAUUCUUCUAAUAACCUGUCUUUCAUCUAGAUUAUUCAUCACUGUAAACUGUACGCUGAGAGAAGACUAAUCAUUAGCCUAUCAGUCAUUUGUUUGUAAGAUAUAAUGAUAUACUAUAUAGAUAUUGUAUGAUGACAAUAUGUUUUAUGGUGUAAUUGCAGCUCCCAUAGCUGGAAUAUUUUUCACUGUUACAUUAUUUGCCUUCAUUGACAUGAAGAAAGACUCUCUUUCUUUUCAUAUUUAUUAUGGAACCUGUAGUACUAUAACAUUUAUUAUGCUACAGUUACAAUUAUUGUCAAUGUCAGCUACACUCAUGAAGUUGUAUAUAAAUUUAUAUAAGAAUACAACAGAAUAUAGAUCCUGUAAGAUGUAGUUGCAUGAAUGCAUGUCACUUUGAUUUUUUAAAAAGUCAAUUUAAAGUGUAUUAAAAGUUCAACAGAUUCUCUAACUGUAAAAAUAAACUCAAGCAGUAGUUACAGGUCUUUUUUUUGUUGGUGUCAAGAGAUAUUGAUAAAAAACAGAACACAGAUUUAUUUUUGAUAUUUGAUAUACUAUCAGUAUGGGCCUAGAUGUGGACACAUUUCCAAUUAGACACUAAUGUUUCUAAAUGUGUAAGGCUGAAAAAGGCAGCAAAGUGGAAAACAUAAGGACAGGUAAGAAAAAAAGUCCAAUUAGAAGAAUAUCGUUUUUUGGUAAAAAAAAAAAAAAAAAAA